UAACCAUCGACAGUCAAAAUAUUUUCUUCCGUACAUUUUUUUCUUUCCACUCAUUUCAAGCAAAAAGCAGGCAUCAAAAAAGUAUGAAAAACAGUAUUUGAUUUGAACAAAGAUUGUAAAAAUGAAUUUAUUUCCAUCGAAAAAAACCAUUCACAUGGAAGUACGUGUAAAACCUAGUAUUGGAAGAUUAUCAGAAAUGGAAGCUCCUCUAACGGAGUCAUUAAAGAGAUAUCUUACAUUCGAUCAACUGCCUUUUAAUAAAACAGUAAAAUUUGUCUUUGAAGGUGCCGACUAUGAUAUUUUACAACAUGUUGACUCGGUCUUCAUGGAAAGUGCCAACGAGACGGAUUUCGAUGUUGACAACGUAGUAUUUCACUUGUUCACCCUACAACGUAGGCCCAUGGAAUUGGAAAUAUUUGACUCAGAAGCUGAUGGGGACAGCGAAUCUAUACCGAGCUCUAAUCAUUGGCUUUUACCCUCUCCGCAAUUUGUGGGCUUAUGGGAGAAUUUACUCUUUGAGGCUGGUUUAAAGGAAAGGCUCUUCAAAUUUGCUUUAUCUGCUCUGGCCUUAGCUCAACAUCAGGUGGAUCCUAAUGUGAUAAUUUGCAAUCGUUUGCUACUGUUGCAUGGACCUCCAGGGACUGGUAAAACAAGUCUAUGCAAAGCUCUGGCUCAAAAACUAUCCAUUUAUACACGUACUGCGUUCCAUUGCACUCAUCUUAUUGAGAUAAAUUCUCACUCAUUGUUUUCGAAAUGGUUUUCUGAAAGCGGUAAAUUGGUAAUGCGUUUAUUCGCUAAGAUCCAUGAAAUUAUUCAAGAUUCGCAAAAUCUGGUCUGCGUUCUUAUCGACGAAGUAGAGUCGUUGGCUUAUUCCCGCAAUUGUAUGUCCAGCCAGGAACCUAAAGAUGCCAUGCGAGUCGUUAAUGCCUUGCUAACGCAAUUAGAUAGCAUUAAAGGAAAAGCAAAUGUAUUAGUUCUGGCUACCUCUAACUUAGCAGAGACUAUAGACUUAGCUUUCUUAGAUCGUGCCGACAUUAAACAAUAUAUUGGCUUACCUAACGAAUUCGCUAUAAGAAAGAUUUAUGAAUCGAUGAUAUAUGAAUUAAAACGUGUUGAAAUAUUGGAUGGAGAACAAGGUGGAAUCUUUGAAGAUCAAUUAUUGCACGAAUUAAUUACUUUUAGUCAGGGUAUGAGUGGUCGUUCGCUAAGAAAAUUGCCAUUUUUAGCACUUACAUUCUACGAGGAAGAGGACAACUGUCCUAACCAACGUAAAAUACGCCUAGAGGUAUUUAUUCGCUAUCUAUUGCAAGCAAUGAAAAAGCAAAAAGAAGACCACCAAUUAAUGGAAUUUGACAAAGAAUAGUUCAAUGCGUUUAAUACAUUUUUCGCCUUUAAUAAAUAUGGAACCAAUUAUUGAAUUUCCAAUCCUCUCAUUGAUUAUUUAAUUGUAUGAACGGCCGUUUUGGCGGAAUAUGCUUACGUACAGAUAACGACCAUGAUGACAAUGAAUUACUUGUCUACAGCUUUAAGCAGUUAGUUACGGCGCUUAUAUUGUUUAAAAUAUAUUCAAAUAGAGGUAGUGAUUUUUAUUGAUAAACCUUUGUGCUAAUGGAAAUAGAAGAAAUUAAUUUCGUUGUUUUCUUCAAAAUGCAAAUUAUAACCGUAAUCGUGUCAAUGGCCUUUUAGCGACGCAUCUCAUCACUGGCAGUGUUAUCGAUCAAAUUUGCAAAACGCACCGCACGUGCCGUGCUUUCCAUUAGCUGUUUGAUGCAUUUUGCGGAUUCCGCAUUUUUGAAACAUGUGUAAGAUAGCUUUAUACGAGGUUAAGAAAUAAAUAAAUAAUUGCUAACUUGAAAUUCUUAACAUUAGUAUUAGGCGCUAAUUUGUUUUUGUAAUGUGGAAGCCACGUUAUCAGGCCAAGAAAGCCUUACGUUGGUUCAUUGCAUUAGGAUAAUCGAUUAUGACGUAAAAACUGACCAGAUUACAACAUAAGCAACCGUUCUAUAUAAAACUGUUUAAGCAUAAAUUGAUACGAUUUUUCCGUAUAACCUACGUUUGAAGAUUUCUUCAAUAGAUGCAAAUGGAUUUGCGUUUAGAGUGUUAUAAACCCCGGGAUUGCAAUUGCCUGGCUAAAAUAAAUAGAACAGAAUAUUUGUUACAAACAACAACAAACAUGGUAGCUAGAUUUCCGCAGAUUUUGUGGUUCAAUUACUAUUAAUGAACGGUCACGAUUACUUGUCAUUAAAACAUUGAAUAAACGACAGGUAGUAAAUACAAAACUAUGUUUAUAUUGACAUUAUUGCAGACUACACAAGUGAAGGUAUAAGGAAAGGUAAUUUACUUUUAUUUAUUAAAAUUGUUCUUAAGCAGGUCGAAUACGGAGAAUGCCUAUGAAAACAGUUAGUUCAUAAAUUUGAAUCUAUAUUCACAUAUAGGUAACAAAACGUGACUUUCCAAACAGUAC